AAUAAAUAUUGCGGGAAAUACAGUAAACAUCCAAAACUUUGAAAACAUGAUUUGCAGACAUGCCUUUGACAAUAUCGCGUCAUAAGAAACGAUAUAUUUUACCAAUAAUUAUAUUUGUGUUCAUAUUGAUGACUACUUAUUCAUGGCUGAGCAAAACAUUUCAAACAGAUGAGUUAAAGCGAUCUGCUGAACUUUCUGCUGAACUCGCUAUUUUGCAACGAAAAGCAAAUGCUGAAAAUGAAGUUGCGGCUGGGUUUAGGAACAAGCAUAACAAAGUAGCGGGAAGUCUGCACAUGACAAACGUGACUGAACUGCGUAUCGAUGACGGAAUGACUGUAUCACACAUUGAGCAGCUGUUUAACAGGUUUCUGCAACAGAAGAAAAUACUGUGUGACAAUGAUGUCCGGCUUGGAUUCCAACACGAUGGAGGGUGGAAUGUGUGUAUGUCACCUCCCUUUACGCUCAACAAAUCUUGCCUCGUAUAUUCAUUCGGGAUUGGAGGGGACUGGAGAUUUGAAGAUGAUCUGAAUGACUUCUAUGGCUGCACAGUGAUGGCAUUUGAUCCCAGUAUGAAUCUCAAUGAACACACUCGUAAGGAUCGUAUACACUUCAAGCCUGAGGGUCUUGCAGGGGAAAAUGACUUCAAUCUUGAUGCUGAUUGGACGUUAAAGACAUUCCGCGAACACCUGAGGGAUGCUGGACAUCUAAAUAGAGUGAUUGACUACCUCAAAUUUGACAUCGAGUAUUAUGAGUGGAGCGCCCUUAAAUGGAUGCUGAGUGACGAUUCUCUGCACAACGUUAAACAGCUCGCGUUUGAAGUCCACCUUUUUCCACCCCCGUUUGAAUCAGAAAUCGAGUAUAAACCAUCGAAAAUCGAUUUAUUGGAGAAAUAUGACUUAUUGAAAAAGCUUGAAGAUUUAGGUUUCCUGAAGUUUAACUAUCGGUUAAAUCCGUUUGGAGAGUAUCUUUGCAAAGCGGGGAAGAAUGAAAUGUGUUCGUCAUUUUAUGAACUGCAUUAUUUGAAUUUAAAUUAUGUUGAGACCAAGCAUUUUAAAUAAGGCUAAGAAAAAUAAUUCUGGUUCGGGUUCGAACCCUACUUACAAAAUAAGUGCCGACCCUAUUGUAUAUAUGUAUUUGUGUAUGUAUUUCUUUAGACUUUGCAGUCAAGGAUAACCUGUGAAAGUGCAAGCACUUAUUUCAAACGGGGUCCUUUGUUUUUGCUGAAGGGACAGCACACAGAAGAGACAGCAGUGGGAUACAAGGAAGUCUGGGUGCGUGUACACCACUUUUCCAAGCACAACUCUUUAAAUGCCAAGCUCCAGGCUAAGGAGUUAAUGUACCGACUUUUAACGUCUUCCGGUAUGACGCGGCCAGGAAUCGAACCCACGACCUCCCACUCCGUAGGCCGACGCCUUAACCACUAAGCCAGGGAGAUGGUAUAGUAUGGUUUGAAGACGUAGUUCAAAAAGCUUCCUACUGAAGAUAACUUUAACGCCAUUUCGCUAUGAUGACAAUAAUGUUCUAAGCUUAAUAUAAAAAUACAACCAUAAAAACCUACCUACCCUACCCUACCUGUUUUUGGACAAGAUGUAAACCUUACCACACAAUUUUAUUUUGAUAUGCCUAUUUAUAUAAUUUAAUGGAGGUCCUAAUGUUCCUAGGAUAUACAAUGGAUACUUUGACUAUAAGAUUAUGUUCAGUUUUAUAUCAUAAUAUAUUAUACCUCACAUAAAUUUGUCCCUUCUAUGUACAUAUAAACUUGAUCGGUCCGUAUAACACUGUAUUUUGAUGAAAAUUCAGUUUAAUGACGUCAGCGGUCCAUAUUAUAUUUUUGGCCGGUCCGGACCCGGCCAAAAAUUUAAUAUGGACCGCUGACGUCAUACAAUUGGUAAGUGUGGCUUGCUAUUUUCACAACAGCGAAAUCUUGUCGCAAGUAAACAUUAUUAACUUUGUUCAAUAAAACACAUAUAAAUCGCUUUAAAAAUAUUAAAUUGUAAUGAAAAGUGUUCGGUAUAAUAUAUUUCUUAAGUACAAUGUCAAUAAUACCAUUAUUCAUAUCAACCACCAUUCAGACAGAUGCUAUGCUGAUCAAAUUAAUUGAUUUGCUGUUUUUAAUACAUUUUAUUUGAAUCUGAUCUUUGUUCAAACCAAGCAUAAUUUAUAACAUAAUGCUAUGGGGGUGUUUGGUAGCUGGUAAAACCUUAUGCCAUUGGGUCAGACCCAUUCAACCAGCAUGCUACAGAUUAUAUAACAUUCCUCUUUGUAGAAAUAUAUUAAAAUAUGUUGCAAUUUUCGUCUGUACUUGUUGCACAGCUGUUAUUUUUGUUUGCUGUAAGGUGUAUGCUUUGGACUAUAAAAAGUUUGUUAUAGGGGCACAAUAUAAGAUGAUGCAAAAAAAAAUAAUUAAAUUAAAAAGUGUUAAAUUUUUAAUGCAUUAUUAUUUUUAACUCAUUUGGUUAUUCUAAUAAUAAAAACAAAAAAGCAUUUGAUUUGUGUACAGAUAAAACAAAUACAUGUAUUAGCCUUUAUUAUGCCCCCCUUCGAAGAAGAGGGGUAUAUUGCUUUGCACAGGCAUGUCGGUCGGUCGGUCCGUCGGUAGACCAAAGCUUGUCCGAGUGAUAACUCAACAAUUCCUGGACGUAUGGUCAUCAAACUUCACAUGAAGGUUGGGCCUGACCAAUAGAUGACCCCUAUUGAUUUUGGGGGUCAUCGGGUCAAAGGUCAAGGUCAAAGUGACCUUUAAUGGUAAAAUAAUUUUAAAGCUUGUCCGAGUGAUAACUCAACAAUGCCUGCACCAAUGGCCCUCAAACUUGACAUGGAGGUUGGGCCUGACCAGUACAUGACCCCUAUUGUUUUGGGGGGUCAUCAGGCCAAAGGUCAAGGUCACAGUGACCUUGAAUGGUAAAAGGUCGUCCGAGUGAUAACUUGACAAUGCCUGCACCCAUGGCCCUCAAACUUGACUUGGAGGUUGGGCCUGACCAGUAGCUGACCCCUAUUGUUUUUGGGGCUCAUCGGGUCAAAGGUCAAGUUCACAGUGACCUUGAAUGGUAAAAGGUUGUCCAAGUGAUAACUCAACAAUGCCGGCACCCAUGGCCCUCAUAAUUGAAUUGGAGGUUGGGCCUGACCAGGAGAUGACCCCUAUUGUUUUUGGGGGUCAUCUGGCCAAAGGUCAAGGUCACAGUGACCUUGAAUGGUAAAAGGUUGUCCGAGUGAUAAUUCGACAAUGCCUGCACCCAUGUCCCUCAUAAUUGAAUUGGAGGUUGGGCCUGACUAGUAGAAGACCCCUAUUGUUUUUGGGGGUCAUCGGGCCAAAGGUCAAGGUCACAGUCACCUUGAAUGGUUAAAGGUUUUUAUUGUGAUAACUUGACAAUGCCUGGACCCAUGGCCCUCAAACUUGACUUGGCAUUGGGCCUGACCAUUACAUGACCCCUUUUGUUUUUGGGGGUCAUCUGGCCAAAGGUCAAGGUCACAGUGACCUUGAAUGGUAAAAGGUUGUCCGAGUGAUAAUUUGACAAUGCCUGCACCCAUGGCCCUCAUAAUUGAAUUGGAGGUUGGGCCUGACUAGUAGAAGACCCCUAUUGUUUUUGGGGGUCAUCGGGCCAAAGGUCAAGGUCACAGUCACCUUGAAUGGUUAAAGGUUUUCAUUGUGAUAACUUGACAAUGCCUGGACCCAUGGCCCUCAAACUUGACUUGGAAUUGGGCCUGACCAGUACAUGACCCCUUUUGUUUUUGGCGGUCAUCUGGCCAAAGGUCAAGGUCACAGUCACCUUGAAUGAUAAAAGGUUGUCCGAGUGAUAACUCGACAAUGCCUGCACCCAUGGCCCUCAAACUUGACUUGGAGAAUUGGCCUGACCAGGAGAUGACCCCUAUGGUUUAUGGGGGUCAUCUGGCCAAAGGUCAAGUUCACAGUGACCUGGAAUGGUAAAAGGUUGUCCGAGUGAUAACUCGACAAUGCCUGCACCCAUGGCCCUCAAACUUGACUUGGAGGUUGGGCCUGGCCAGAAUAUGUCCCUAUUGAUUUUAGGGGUCAUUGGGCUAAAGGUCAAGGUCACAGUGACCUGGAAUGGUAAAAGGUUAUCCGAGUGAUAACUCGACAAUGCCUGCACCCAUGGCCCUCAAGCUUGACUUGGAGGUUGGGCCUGGCCAGAAGAUGGUCCCUAUUGAUUUUAGGGGUUAUUGGGCCAAAGGUCAAGGUCACAGUGACCUUGAGUGAUAAAAGGUUGUCCGAGUGAUAACUCAACAAUGCCUGCACCCAUGGCCCUCAAACUUGACAUUGAGGUUGGGCCUGACCAGUAGAUGACCCCUAUUGAUUUUAGGGGUCAAAGGUCAUGGUCACAGUGACCUUGAAAGCGACCUCGACAAUUCGUGGACCUAUGGUCAUCAAACUUGACAUGAAGGUUGGGCCUGCCCAGUAGAUGACCCCUAUCGACUUUGGGGAUCAUCAGGCCAAGGUCAAUGUCACAGCAACCUUUAACGCAAAAAAGUUAACAAAUCUUCUCCCACUGAUAUCUCAACAAUGCCUGAACCUAUGAUCAUUAAACUUGACAUGGAUGUUAAGCCUGACCAGUAGAUCACCUUUAUUGAUUUUAGGAUUCACAGAGCCAAAGGUCAAGGUCACAGUGAUCUUGAAUGGUAAAAGGUUGUCAGAGUGAUAACUCAACAAUGCCUGAACCCAUGGCCUUCAAACUUGACUUGGAGUUGCAUCUGACUUGUAGAUGACCCCUUAUGAUUUAAGGGGUCAUUGGGUCAAAGGUCAAGGUCACAGUGACCUUGAACGAAAAAACUUGUCUGUGUGAUAACUUGACAAUGCCUGCACCCAUGGCCCUCGAACAUGACAUUUAGGUUUCUGGUGACCAGCUGAUGACUCUGGAUUUUGAGUUCAUAGAGUCAAAGGUCAUGGUCAUAACACACUCUAUCCUCACACUUUAAUGGUCAUAAUCUGAAAACUGCCUUAAUGGCAACAAAUCAGCUGUCAUUUCGGUCCAUGCAUAUUUCAUUCAAUUGUCCAUAUAAUCCUGACAACAUGGCGCUCGGGGGGGGGGAAUAAUGUUUGACAAACAUCUCUUGUUAAUGGGGUUUUCAAUUUAUAGCUACCAUAGCCACAAUUUCCCUAGUUCAAAAUGCGCCAAAAUAUUAUCACUUUUCAUUUCUGUACACAAAUCAUAUGCUUUUGUUUUGUUUUGAUCUGAAAGUCAAAUGAGUUAAACAUAAUGAUGCAUAUUUUUUAUUUAAUUAUUUUUCGCAUCUAUCAAGUGUAACCUAUAUUGUUCGCCUUUAAGACCACAUUUUGUUUCAUAUCAUUACAUACCAUGUAAAAAAUACCAUGAUCCAUUAAAAAGCAAACAUUAAGACAGAUAAUUUGAUGACUAAAUAAUCUGAUAUCCUGUUUUUAUGACAUGAUAUUUUAUUUCAUAACAUUUAAAAUACUGCAUGACUUUAUCAAACAUAAAAUAUGUACACCAAGAUUAAUUUCUGCGUCACAGACUUUGUUUUCCAUAUCACACAAUAGCCUAGUGUGUGUGAUUAAAGCCACAUUCACAAUACUACGCAAAUGAUAUAGGACAUUUGUUUUCCAAAGUUGUUUUAAAGAAAACAAUAAAAACAAUGUAUAAAUAUACUUCAGGGUUUUAGCAAAUGAGUUAUUGUAGGGUGCUGCAGCCUGUCCCGUUUUGGAAGAACCCCUCAGCCCUCUUGGAGACCACCAACAUGUGCACCCUUAUGCCUUCUUAGAAUUUAAUGCUUUAGAAUAUCAAAUAUUUCCUUUGCUUUGUUUUAAAGUUAAUAUUAUUUCAUGGUUAUAAAUUCAGAAAAAAAUUAAUUACCUAAAUUUGACACAUUCUCUUACA